AUGAGCGCGUGCGGGAGGAAGGCCCUGACCCUGCUCAGUAGUGUCUUUGCCGUCUGUGGCCUGGGCCUUCUGGGCAUCGCAGUCAGCACGGACUACUGGCUGUACCUGGAGGAGGGUGUGGUCCUACCCCAGAACCAGAGCACUGAGGUGAAGAUGUCCCUGCACUCAGGCCUCUGGCGGGUCUGCUUCCUGGCAGGAGAGGAGCGAGGACGCUGCUUCACCAUAGAGUACGUGAUGCCUAUGAACUCCCAGCUGACCUCGGAGUCCACGGUCAAUGUUCUAAAAAUGAUCCGCUCCGCCACUCCGUUCCCCUUGGUCAGCCUCUUCUUCAUGUUCAUUGGGUUUAUCCUGAGCAACAUCGGGCACGCCCGACCCCACCGGACCAUCCUGGCCUUUGUCUCGGGCAUCUUCUUUAUCCUCUCUGGCCUCUCGCUCGUGGUGGGCCUGGUGCUGUACAUCUCCAGCAUCAAUGAUGAGAUGCUCAACAGGACCAAGGAUGCAGAGACCUAUUUCAACUACAAAUAUGGGUGGUCAUUUGCCUUUGCUGCCAUCUCCUUCCUCUUGACAGAGAGUGCUGGCGUGAUGUCUGUGUACCUGUUCAUGAAGAGGUACACUGCCGAAGACAUGUACAGGCCUCACCCGGGCUUCUACCGGCCGCGUCUGAGCAAUUGUUCUGACUACUCGGGCCAGUUCCUCCAUCCUGACGCCUGGAUUCGGGGCCGCAGCCCCUCCGACAUCUCCAGCGACGCCUCCCUGCAGAUGAACAGCAACUACCCAGCUUUGCUCAAGUGCCCGGAUUAUGACCAGAUGUCCUCCUCACCCUGCUGA